CAAUAAACAGCUAUUGAUACUUCUUUUGAAACAUGUUUUCAGGUACCUACCAACAAUUUUUGAUGAAAUGAGUCAUGAAUCACAAGAAGCAUUUUGUUCUGCAAAUUGAUAGGCUGGAAAAGAGAACAGAAGCCUACAAUGAACAAAUAGAUAUAAUUGUUUGACGCUGGAAUCUUUAUUACCGGGUAGGGUAGGAUCUGCUACAAUUCUACAAUUAACGACGUGUUUUCCAACGACGCUCCAUGCUAAUUGCACAGCUCUUUUCCAUGUAAUGUCCCAUCCUGAAAAGUCAUAAAGUCGUUUCCUUCAAAUUAAACAUCCAAUUGCUCUGAGCUUUCAUUGCCCCUGUUUUGCUCAUUGUGUUGUUAGCAUGACGUCUAAAACGAAUAUGACGUCAAACAAAUUUGCAUAUGACUUCUUUCCAUGGUCAAAUGACACCAAUUCGUCCCAACAAAUUAAGAACAUCAAACCGCCACCGAAAAGGAGCAAUCGACCGACUAAAAGAACAACUUUCACAUCGGAGCAGGUCACACUUUUGGAGUUGGAAUUUGCAAAGAAUGAAUACAUCUGCAAAGACCGACGCGGCGAGUUGGCUCAAACAAUUGAACUCACUGAAUGUCAAGUGAAGACCUGGUUUCAGAACCGGAGAACUAAAAAACGAAGAUGUACAUCUCCUCUUCGAAAAAGCAUGAUGAAGAAGUCUGACGAACGUUCUCCUUCGCCACAAAAUCCAUCGUCUCAGCAUGUUCAGAAUUUGCAAACGUUUUUCCAUUCAUGGCCCUCGCAUUUUGCAUAUUCACUUCCUUCUGAUCAACAGAACAAUGUUUGAUUUUUGCAGCUCUUUGUCUACUUUUUUAUACUGAAUUCUUCAUGAAAAAAAACAUACUUUAUUUGAGCAAAAUUAUGAAAUUCAAUAAAAUGUUCAGUUUUGAU